UCUGCACCAAAGAGAGAUCCAACAUGUCUCUGCUCACUCAUGUGUUGGCUUGUCUGUUUGGCAUGGGAUCCUGGGUGACCAUCUGUGGGCUUUGGGUUGAGCUGCCACUCAUCGUGCCUCAGGUUCCUGAAGGCUGGUACCUUCCCUCCUACCUCUCGGUCCUGAUCCAAGUGGCUAACAUCGGACCUCUGUUUGUCACUUUGAUGCACCGAUUCCAGCCAGGAAAGCUCAAUGAAGUUGCUGUCAUCUACGUCAUUGUCAGUUUUGGGAUGCUGGCAAGCCUUCUCCUGGGUUUCUUUUGGAAGGAAACAGUCAUGGUACAAGGAGUUCAGCGCAGUGUUCCUCUCCUGCUUCUAACCUUCUUCAUCUCCAUAGUGGACUGCACCUCGUCUGUAACUUUCCUGCCCUUCAUGAUGCAGCUGAAGCCAGAGUAUCUCACCACCUAUUACAUAGGUGAAGGGUUAAGUGGCCUUGUUCCAGCCAUAGUGGCUCUGAUUCAGGGAGUGGGUGUCAUGCAUUGUGUCAACGGCACUCAGAACCUAAAUCUCAAUGAGGCGGCACAGCUCCAAGGCAGGAAUGAGUCAGUGGAACCCCUUGACUACCUCGUACCACUCUACCUACCUGCCAAGUUCUCAGCUGAGGCCUUCUUUUUCUUUCUGGCAGCCAUGGUACUUGUUUGCUUGGUGGCCUUCCUACUUUUGAACCACCUUCCAGCUGUGACUCGAGAGCGUUCCGUCAGCCGGAGCCGCCGUGGCGUCGGCGCAAGGAAUGCGAUCGCUCUAGAGCGGAAACAUAUGAUGGAUUCCCUGAAAGAUGAACAGAAGAUCGACAGCAAGUUUGGAACAGGAACAUACAGCUGGCCACAAGUAGUGUACAUCUUCGUCAUCCUGGCCUGGGCAAAUGCUCUGACCAACUCGGUGUUGCCAUCCAUUCAGUCCUACUCAUGCCUGCCUUAUGGAAACCAAGCCUAUCAUUGGUCAGCCACUAUGGCCUCUGUAGCAAACCCUGUGGCUUGCUUCAUUGCCAUGUUCUACUCCCAAAGGUCGUUGGUGCUGAUGGGUUUUCUAAGUGGCUUUGGUUCACUUAUUGGGAUGUAUAUCAUGGGCAUGGCAGUGCUGAGCCCCUGCCCGCUGCUGGUCAAAAACACCACUGGAAUUGUUCUAAUAGUGGCAGCCUGGACCGUCUUUGUUCUCACACUGUCCUAUGUGAAGGUAAUGGUUGCAGUGAUCCUGCGUGAUGAAGGCCACAGCGCCCUGGUCUGGUGUGGAGCAGUAGUGCAGUUGGGGUCGAUGCUGGGGGCUGUUAUAAUGUUCCCUUUAGUCAACGUGUACAGCUUGUUCUCCUCAGGAGACCCAUGUAACACUAAGUGCUGAUGUAAAAAAAAGUCUGCUGGAUGUUUGAGUCCACCUUUACCAUUAAACCGACUGUUUAUUUUUAA